AUGGAAACAAUUGAAGCUUACCGAUUGAUUAAUGUGUUUGUUGGAGACUUCUCACGGGUUGAAGAUGCAAGAGAAAGACGAGGAGGUUCAGAAGCACCUCUUCAGCCUUUUUCAGUUUUCAGCUCAGGCGGGCCAGGCACUGCAGUUUCAUUGUGGGCUGGGCCAGGGUCCAAAUUUGUAAUAUUUAGGGUCCAGCCCAAUAAUUUUCGGGUCGGGUUGGUGCUGGAAUAA